CCGCCGCCGCCAUCUUGGCGGGGCGGCCCCGGGGCGCUCCGCAGCCGCCGCCUCCGGUCGCUCCGUUCCCCCCCCCCUCCCGGUUCCCCUCCCCCAUCCCCCCGCUCCCCUCCCCCCUCCCCCCCCCAUGUGGGCCGCGGCGAUGGGGGAGGGGCAGCGGGAGCGCUGGGCCGCGCUGGUGGCGGCGGCCGAGGGGUACCGGGGGGCCACGGGCGCGGAGGUGGUGCUGCUCACGGCCUGGCCCGGGCCCGGGCCCGCCGGGCCCCGCUCGUACGCGCACCACGGGCCGGGCCCGCUCGGGGCAGCGGCGCGGCGCUUCCUGCCCGACAUCGCGGCCGCGCACCGGGCCCUGGCCGCGGCCCCGCCCCCUCCCGCCGCGACCCCGCCCCCUCCUUCGCUGGCCCCGCCCCCUCCCGCCGCCACCGCCCCGCCCACAGCGCCCCUCCCCCCACACCCCCCCCGCCCCCCCCCCCCCCCGAGCGGGCGGAGAGAGGGGGGAGGGGAGGGGGGGGGAGGGGCGCGCCCAGUGAUGCCACCGGGCUGUUCCUGAUGGACGAGGACCCGGAGGAGGAGCCGGAGCCGGAGUCUGACCCCGAGAGCCCCGACGAGGGCAGCCCCGCAGAGGAGGUGCCGCCGCCGCCGCCCCCCCCCGGGCCCCCGCUCUACGCCCGCUCCCUGCCCGUCUCGGUGCCCUCCUGGGCCCUGCGGCCCCCCCCGGGGCCCCGCCCCCCCCCCGCCGAGGGACCCGCUCACAAGGCAUCACCGGACCUGGAGCGCAUCGCGGCCUCCAUGCGGGCGCUGGCGCUGCGGGGGGGGGGGCGACGGCACCGAGAUGUUUGGGGACCUGCCCCGCCCCCCAUUGCUGGCCGGGGACCCCCAAUGACCCCCCCCCCAUCUAUGGGGCGCCCCCAACUCUAUGGGUCUGCCCCCAAAAUGGGGGGGGGGGGCUUUAUAGACUCACCCAUAAGUGCUGCCCCCCCCCCCCAUGGGGGUGGGGAAGGGGCAAAGGGACCCUCCCCCCACCCCCCAACUGCUCUGGGGGGGCCCCACACUACAGCCCCUCCCCCCACAAGUGUCUUAUUGAGGGGGGGGAUGGGCGGGUUCACCCCCCCCCCCCGUUUGCACAAGGAUUUGAGGGGUUUCCCCCCCCGAAAUUGGGGGUCCCCAUAGAGGGGAGGGGCCCCUUUAAGGGGGCGUGGCCUCCCGCGGUGACUGACAGCUCCGAGGCUCCGCCCCCCUUUUAUACCAGAGCUGGGGAGACCCCGCCCCCUUUAUUUUUGUCCAAAGAUGAUUGGGCGGCGCCCGGCGAGGCCCCGCCCCCCGCAGCCAAUAAAGAGACUCGUUGUGUUUUAUGA